CAAGUACAGAGGAUCAAUUGUACCAUAAAAAGUUUUGAAAUGGUUUGAUUUCUUGAUAUGGUGUCCAAAAUACCAUCUAUGUAUUCAUUUUUCGUCUAAAAAAUUUGGAAGUUUUGACCUCAUAUAGCUAUAUAGCUGUAGAAAAUGAACACUUCCUAAGAGGUUCUGAUAAAUUCAUCAUUUGUUAGACAGCUUUAUAGUAUACGUAAGUUAACUUUCGAUUUUUUUUUCCAACACAAUUGUGUCUCUUUUCUUUCUCCCUUCCCGUACAUCAAUGGGAAAUAUUCUCCCUGAAUUUAGCAGCAGCAUUUCUUUUCGUACUCUACCAAGAGUUUGGAAGUUUUGUAAUUUUUCUGAGACACGCGCAAUGUAUAUAUUUGUAAAAAUCCAGGAAAUGUUGACAAACGUUCAUGUAGCUGCAGUGAACAGAGUAUUGGCCAUAUUAUCUUUCUUGUUAAAUUUUCUUGGGAAAUCGCUUCUACAAAAGUGCAUUCGUGACAUGCCAAAAAAGAAGAAAGUCAAAUCCAGUAAAAAGGGUGGCAAAAGACUGAAAAUUUCAGGAAAGAAGAAAACAACUUUAGAAGUAAAAAUUGAAAAAUUUCGUGCGGAUGAAGAGAAAUACAUUGAUUUUUUAAAGCGCUCAAACUACUGGAUAAUAGAAAAUAUAGGACAGCUAAAGAGUCUUCUUCACCAAACAGUUCACUACUCAGAUACUAAUUUCACUUACGAUGAUUUUAAAGCUGCUGUAUUGUCACUAAACUGUCCAUUCACCAAGCUCGAAGUCGAUGUUAUUACAAGAUUACUGGAUCAAGACAAAAACGGCUUUAUUGAAUACGAAGAUCUAUCUACCAGUUUAACAAAUUUGAGCCUUAAAGAUGGGACCUUGAGAGCAUUGGAAAUUGAAAAAAUACAGAAAUCUGAAAGAGGAUGGAUUAUCUGCAAAUUUCACUGUUUGAACUGUAUAAAUAUACGUGAUAGCCCACUACACUUUGAACGAUUAGUACCGCUGAACACUUUUACUGAAGGUUUGAUAAGCAUUAUUCGCCAAGAAACAUUACUGUGGUUGCCAAGAAUAUCAAUCUUUGUAAGUGCCAAUGAAGAACCUGAUAGUGAACUGCAACCAGAAUCCAUGUUGACUGACUAUGAUAUCAAAAGUGGCAGCAAAUACGAUGCACCAAGUCUAGAUCUAUUCUAUCGAUCAACUGGUAGAAUACUGAGGAAUGAUGCAUGUGUGAAUGAAGUUCACAUUAUGCCAGAAGAAAUACAAGCAGAUCCUGUUUUAUGGUCAAAAUUAGUCACUGAAAAUAUUAAAUUUCAAGAGAAAUCAACUAAAUACAACAAACUUCUUAAUACAUUGGAUAAUGACAAGAAUGUUUUUGCAUAAAGUUUUAUACACAGUUCAAAAAUAUUUUAUGAACAAACAAUUACUGUAAAAAUAACAAACAAUAGUAGCGC